CCGCCUGCCCACGUGGGGUGGGGGCGCGGCCGGCGCCGGGGUAGGGGAGCAGGGCUGCUUCCAGCCCCAAGAGGCCUGGCCGGUGGGGGGGUGCCCCUCACAACCCUUCCCGGCCCCUGGCUGUGCCCUUCGCCACUGCACCCAGCCCUGCUCGGUGACCACCGCCCCCUGGGCAGGGGCUCUGGGCCCGAGGGCAGGAGUGCCCCCUCUGACCGCCGCUGCACUCUCGUGUGACCUGCUGCCAUGCUCCCUCCUCCAUCCGCCAGAGGCACCAAGAAAGGGGUUUAAAGAAACCCCUCAGGACACGAGCAGCAAGGAGAGGGGCCGCCGCACACGCGCGCUGGAGCCGGGGCUGCCUGAGCGUCGCCACCCGUGCGCUGUGGUUUACUUUUCCCCCGGUGUACUGAUCCUGAGUGUACCUCCGAUGUUAAUGGGUGGUAAUUGUCAAAAUGAAGACCUGGCUCCAUGGCAGGGAGGCUUGUACGGUCCUUUUGUGAAUUGCGGUGUGAGAUUCUGGAAACCUGGGAAAUCUAAAGCCAAGCCGAAUGGGAAGAAGCCCGCUCCCGAAGAGAAGAAAAUCUAUCUGGAGCCAGAGUACACCAAAUCCAGAAUCACUGACUUCGAAUUCAAAGAGCUGGUGGUGCUGCCCCGGGAGAUAGAUCUCAAUGAGUGGCUGGCGAGCAACACGACGACUUUUUUCCACCACAUCAACCUUCAGUACAGCACAAUCUCAGAAUUUUGCACCGGAGAGACGUGUCAGACGAUGGCUGUGUGCCACACGCAGUACCACUGGUACGAUGAGCGGGGAAAGAAGGUCAAGUGCACGGCUCCUCAGUACGUCGACUUCGUCAUGAGCUCUGUGCAGAAGCUGGUGACAGAUGAGGACGUUUUCCCCACAAAAUACGGCAGAGAAUUCCCCAGCUCCUUCGAGGCCCUGGUGAAGAAGAUCUGCAAGUACCUGUUCCACGUGCUGGCGCACAUCUACUCGUCCCACUUCAAGGAGACCCUGGCCCUCGAGCUGCACGGACACUUGAACACCCUAUACGCCCACUUCCUCCUCUUCGUCAGGGAGUUCAGUCUGGUCGACCCCAAGGAGAUGGCUGUCAUGGACGACCUCACGGAGGCCCUGUGCAGCGGCCCGGGCGCCCGCGGGGGCGGCGACGGGGCCCAGAACCACGUGAAGGAGAGAUGAGCCCCGGGGCGGGCGCCCCCGCCAAAGAACAGCCGCGCCCCUGCGUCUGCGCGUGUGCGCACGGACCCGGACGCCGGCGCAGAGGGUUCUGCGAGCGCCACCGCCUCCCCGGGUCAGCUGCACAGGCGCUGCCGGGCCGGGCCCCGCGCCACCCGCCCCUCCUUGAGCGUCGAGGGCUGACGCCGGCUUCCUUCCGGGACCCCUUUCCCGCCUGCUGGGCGCCGCCCUCCCCUUCCUCCGGUGGCUCCGUGGCUCACGGGCAUCCACGUGGGAAGCGCCACUUCCUCGGGGAGGGGCUGAGCUGGGCACUUUGGGUUUUGUUCUGCUUUGGGGGGUGGGGUUUAGGUUUUCUGGGGGGUUCUCUUUCCUCCCCUUUCCUUUCCCUCCUCCCGACCCCCAGGAGGUUGCCUGUUGGCGGCUCGGGGUGUGUGGGGCGGCCUUGAGGGAAGGGGUCUGCACCCCCUUUGCUCCCUGCUUCCCGGGUGCCCGAGGAGGAGCCGCAGAGCAGCUGGCGUCAGCACUGAGGGUGAUGGUCUCUCAGUCCCACCAAGAGGUGAGGGUGGGACGGGGCACCCGCCGUGCCAGGCUCGCUGUGGGCAGGGAGCGGGGUGCCCUGGUGUUGCUCCUCUUCAGUCCUAAUAAAAAGGUUGUCUCAGG